UAUACUGUCACCGCUCUACGAAGGUGGUCAUGCGCCGAUAAAGACCUGCCAGGUGUUGACAAAAUUGAAACCAUUCACGUCUACGACUUCGACAACACCCUCUUUGCCAGUCCCCUCCCCAACAAGUCACUCUGGAACGGCCAAACAAUCGGCCAGCUAGGCAGUCCCGACGUUUUCCUCAAUGGCGGUUGGUGGCAUGAUUCCGCCAUCCUUGCUGCGACAGGCGAAGGGGUCGAGAAGGAAGAACCGCGUGCCUGGGAUGGAUGGUGGAAUGAGCAAAUCGUGGACCUUGUGCGGCUGUCGAUGCAGCAGAAAGAUGCGCUGUGCGUUCUCUUGACUGGACGCGCCGAACGCCAGUUCGCAGAGCUUAUCAAUCGAAUCGUCAAAUCCAAGGGACUAGAAUUCGAUCUGAUAACCCUCAAACCGGCCGUUGGACCGUCAAAUCAGAAGUUCUCCAGCACCAUGAACUUCAAGCUCGAAUUCUUCACGACGCUCGUAAACACAUACCACAGAGCAACCGAAAUCCGAGUGUAUGAAGACCGGCCAAAGCAUACCAAGGGGUUCCGCGAUUUCUUCGCCAAUCUGAACCGACAGCUCCUCAACCCAGUUCCACCCCCUCCACGCGGCACCAUUGUCGCCGAAGUCAUCCAAGUUCCGGAGAAUGCCACCGUUCUCAAUGCAGUCACCGAAGUGGCAGAGGUGCAGAAGAUGAUUAACAAUCAUAACACCGCCAUCUUAGCCGGCACCGCUCCUCCGACCGCAAUCCCUUUCAUACUCAGACGAACCGUGUUCUAUACUGGUUACCUCAUACCCGCCGCCGCGUCGCAACAACUCCAAUCUCUCGUCCAUCCGCCCUCCAACGUUUCCAUGUCCGAUAUCCGAUACCUGGCCAAUUCCAUUCUCAUCACCCCUCGUCCCGCUCCCCCAUCCGUCCUCACGAAAGUGGGCGGAAUCGGUCGUCGUCUGAUGUGGCGCGUGACCGGAACGGCAUGUUGGGAAGGCAAGCUCUGGGCGGCGCGCGUCGCUCCGAUCCCCAGCACCGAAAAGGUGUACACGGAGAACAACAUCCCCACGGUCGUGCUCGCCCUUCGACGCGGCGCGCGACCCAUCGACGUCUCCCGGAUCGACAACUGGCAACCGGUGCCCGUGGAGAAAGAGUUCGUCUUCGAGAGCACGGUGGGGGAGAAGUCGCUGUUGCGCCUCGAAGAAGAAAAAUUCGAUUAUGCCAACCCGGACAAAGCAACUUCCAAUCCGCACCCGCGCCCGAACCAGAUCCCACGAGGACCAACCCACUCGCGAGGCAACGCACAACAGGGGAAGGGCCUUCGAAACACAGGGCAGGGCAAAGGAACGAAGCGCAUGCGCGAGGACAACGACGACGAUCGGGACCGCGAUCGGGGCGGCCGAGGGGGGCGUGGAGGGCAUCAGCGGGAGCGGGGAGGUCAGCGGGGAGGCCGCGGGGGUCAUCGGGGGGACCGAGGAGGCCGGGGAAGGGGAGGUGAUCGGCGACAGGGGCAAUACCGCAGCCUCGACGACGUCGGAGAG